AUGUCCGAACGCAUUUUGUUCUGUCUGCGACCGGCCGCCAUACUCAAACAAAAAGAUUGUGAGAUGAAAAGAUAAAUUUCCAUAGGUCGAUACUGGUUGAAAGUUUUGUAAAUAUCUAAAUGAGUUCUAAAUUAGAUGUUAACAGGAGAGUUCUCGCCAUCCAGGCGAAAAAGAAACGUCAUAAAUUAGGAAAGAAAAAAAACCGAGAGGAGGAUCACGGCUCUGGACAAGGGAACGGGCUGCGUAAUCAGAACCAAAAUCGUCUGGAACCAACUCAUAGCUCUUCCAAUGAAACGAUUGAAGAAGACGAUGACGAACAAUACGCCAGUGACGACGAGGAACAGGAAGAUAGUGCAGACUACUGCAAGGGUGGUUAUCAUCCUGUGAAAAUUGGAGAUUUAUUCCUGAAUCGUUACCACGUCACUAGGAAAUUGGGAUGGGGCCACUUCUCAACAGUGUGGUUAUGUUGGGAUCUCAUUGAUAAACGAUUCACAGCUCUCAAAGUAGUCAAAUCUGCACCACAUUUUACUGAAACAGCUUUAGAUGAAAUUAAAAUUCUUAAAGCUGUUAGAGACAGUGAUCCCUCCGAUCCGAAACGGAAUAAAACAGUUCAAUUAUUAAAUGAUUUUAAAAUUACUGGUGUUAAUGGCACCCAUGUUUGUAUGGUUUUUGAAGUCUUAGGUCAUCAUCUUCUAAAGUUGAUACUGAAGUCUAAUUAUAGAGGAAUCCCGCGUGAAAAUGUUAAAAUGAUAAUCCAUCAAGUCUUAGAAGGCUUAGAUUAUCUUCAUACGAAGUGUAAGAUAAUUCACACUGAUAUUAAGCCAGAAAAUGUGUUAGUAUGUGUUGAUGAGUCUUAUAUUCGUAAGUUGGCAGCAGAGGCGACAGAAUUACAUUCUUUGGGCCUCAGAUUACCUCACUCUCUUAUAAGUACAGCCCCUAAGGAAUUUCAAGAACAAGUUGUCACAGGUAAAAUGAGCAAAAAUAAAAAGAAAAAAUUAAAGAAAAAAGCUAAGAGACAGUCUAUGUUAUUAAAGAAGCAAAUGGAACAAAUUGAGGAAAUUGAAGAACAAAAAAAGGUUACAAACAACAGUGAGUCAGCACCCAUGUCUCAGGAUAAUGAUGAUUCCUCUCAGACACCUGAGGAUGUAAGUGUUAUUGAUACUCGGUCUGAUAAUGAUACCAACAUUAAUGGGUGCAAUGACUUGCAAACAGCUGAAGAAGAAGCUUUCGAUACCGAUGCUGAAGCAGUGCAAGUGAGGAGCAAGCAGUAUGGUUGUGGUGAUGAUGCUGGAACUCCAAUGUCAGAAGGUGAAAUGACUGAUACUCCACCAUCAUUUAACUCCCAACUGAAAUCUAUGGAAAAGAAACCUGAUCCUGCUUUUGAUGUUUGUGAUGUAGAAGUAAAAAUUGCAGACUUGGGAAAUGCAUGUUGGGUUCACCGCCAUUUUACUGAGGACAUUCAAACCAGACAAUAUAGAUCUUUGGAAGUAUUGUUAAGUUCAGGUUAUGGUACUUCAGCUGAUAUUUGGAGUACGGCUUGUAUGGCGUUUGAAUUAGCUACAGGUGACUAUCUUUUUGAACCACACUCCGGAGAAGGCUACACACGGGAUGAGGAUCAUUUAGCUCAUAUUAUUGAGCUACUUGGUGACAUUCCGAAAAGGAUUGCAGCUUCUGGAAAAUAUUCCAAAAUGUAUUUCAAUAAAAAGGGAGAGCUAAGAAAUAUAACUGGCUUAAAGCCUUGGGGUCUAGUCUCUGUUCUAACUGAGAAAUAUGAAUGGUGUCAGAAGGAUGCAGAAGAGUUUGCAGAUUUCUUAAAACCAAUGUUAGAUUUUGAUCCUAACCGUCGAGCAACUGCAUACGAGUGCCUUCAACACCCAUGGCUGAAACCAGCCCAGCAAGAACAAAAGGAUCCAGAAAAUAUAUGAAGCUGCUCUCUGUUAUAAGUAUGACUGUUAUAAUUAUUAAAUUAUUAGUGUCAACUUACUAAGAAUUUCAGAUUUGUGUUUUAAUCAGUUUGUUUGAGAAUGGAUUCAGUUGUUACUUAUAUUGUUGGCUAUCCUUAAUUCCAUGAAUAUAGAAACAAUGCUGUUAAAGAGAUUAAGUAUAUUAUAAUGUAGCAAUGUAUAAAAUACAUCUGCUGCUGAGAAAUUAGCAUUUUCAAAGGCAAGCAUUAUUGGCAAUCAUAAUAAUAUAACACCAAAUUAUAUGUACAGAUAGCUAGUAGUGUAAAUUGUGAUGUAUGAUGAUAGACAAUAUAGGCUUUGUCACUCUUUUAGGAAUUUAUUAGUUGAUAUAGCAUUGCACUAAAGUUGUAAGUAAUAUGAGAAACCAUAAGAAGUCAUGCAUGUGUACUAAUGUGUAGCCAUUCAAGUAAAAGUAUGUCAGAUAGAUUAAGUUUGUUUUUAUCAUUAUCACAAAAAUCUCAUUAUGUAAACUAGGAUCUAAGACAGUAUUUGUAAUACAAGAUUCCGAGACUGCCUUUUUAUAUAUGAAUUGACUUGCUUAAAUUUUAAAUGAGUGGCCGAUUCUAAUUUUGAUAGGCAGUGUGAUACAAAGACCUUAACCAGUUGAUAGAGUAAUAAUAUUUAAAUUAGAUUUUGAUUUAAAUGACCAUUAUUUGUAUUAUUAUGUCUGCAAAUUUACAUGAAUAAAGUUAUGAAACGAG